CUGAACAUUUUUUAAUAAUAUUCAGUGCAGUGUGAAAAAUCUUACAAAAGGCAAGUUUCUUUAGACGAAAAGAAAUCAACAAAUUACAAUGCAGACGAAACUUUUUGUAUUUUUUGCUUUCUUGGCAUUUUGUCAUGUAUCAUACUGUGACACAGUAGCAACUACAGAACCAGCUGCACCUUCAGACGAUGUUAAAAAAAUGCUAGAACAGCUUCAACAAGGAUAUACUUCAACAUUAGAUACAAUUCGUGGUAGUCUUGAACAAGUAUUCAAAGCUGAUGCAAUUUUAAAUAUAACAAAUUCUAUUAUUAAAAAUACCUCCUUGAAUGCUCAACAAGUACAAGAAAUUGUACAAAAAACGUUCCAAAUGCUGCAGGAAAAUGUCCAGUCUACAUUCAAUUCGGUGAAACUUCCUAAGUUUGAAUUUGGAGGUGAAAUAAUGCAACCCGCAGAAACAUUUUCUACUAUACUGAAGAACGUUUUUUCAUUCUCAAAGACAUUUGGAACUAACAAUCAACCAGCAGCUGCAGCUCCUGCACUUCCAAAAGAAUAAUUACUGAUAUUGAUAACUAUUCCUAUUGACAAAAAAAUGUUUAAUGUGUAGUAUAAAAAUUAUUAGAAAUAGAUGGAAUCAAUUUAAAUGAUA